AUGCCUCCUUUCUGGGCCCAAAAACGAGAUGAACCUGGUUCAGUUCUGCUUGAAGACUAUGCCGUUGAUCCGGACCAGAAGCGGCCUGUCAGCUCAAAGAGACCUCUCUUUCCAGCAGGUGCUCCAGAGAAAGCUCGUACACAGACUCGGAACACCUUGCCGGCGGCCAUCGUGAAGACUGACCCGAGAAAGGAACGGGACUUCUCCAACAGGCGGCAGUGGCGACUGUUCUUUAAAGGGGGAAGGCCGCUAGUAGUCACUCAAGUAGCUCUAGUAGUAAGUAACUAG